CGGAGUGUCGCGUAUGCGCGUAUGCGUCGAGCGUUCGAGACAUGGAUGUAUGACGCGUUUUUUCCGUUUGACAAAAUAAGAAUAACGAAUAAAACAAAGAACUAUAGGUUUUUAAAUCCAUGAGUUAUCACAUUCGACAAACAACAAAAAUUUUUUAUCGAUAUUACUUUUUAUACCGAAGAAAAAUUUUUAUUAAAAAAACGUCGUAUGUGCAUUUUUAUCGUGAAUUAGUGAAGUUUCGUUGGGGUAUGAAUGGUCAGGUGCAACCACCGCGCGAGAGGUUAGGUGGCCUUAGCGCUACUAGCAUGGGCUGGUUUUCUGGCUUAAUUCCUCCAGAACACGUUUCAGCCCUGCCAGAAUCUUUACCUGAAACAGAUGCUGAAUUAGCUCUUCAUGAUGCUGUCGUCGCUACUGAAGUCGACAACAAAGUCAAGACCAAACUUCUCACCAUGUGGAACAAUGUUAAAUACGGAUGGGCUUCGAAAAUGAAGACUAACUUUUCAAAAGAAUCUCCAGUUUGGCUUCUUGGAUCACGAUACCAAAAGAAGUCAGAAGAUCCAAGCGAGGAGACCGAAAAUGAAUCAUUUAAAGAUGAUGCAUCAAAUUUGGAAGAGGGAAUGGAGGGUUUCAAGAGAGAUUUCGAAUCACGACUCUGGCUGACCUACAGACGAGAAUUCCCCAACCUGACUGGUUCGAAUUUUACAUCUGAUUGCGGUUGGGGUUGCAUGCUACGGAGUGGUCAAAUGAUGCUAGCGCAAGCGUUAGUUUGUCAUUUCCUUGGUCGUGGUUGGCGAUGGAGGCCGGACCAACACAUCGAAACGUCCGAUCAAUUUAAAAAGGAGGAAAGUCUUCACCGAAUGAUAAUAAAGUGGUUCGGUGACCAGCCGACCCCGCAUUCGCCUCUCUCGAUUCAUAGUCUCGUCUCCCUUGGUGCAUUGACGGGUAAACGUGCCGGUGACUGGUACGGGCCCGCAUCCGUCGCACAUUUAUUAAGUCAAGCUGUGAAAAAUGCGGCGACGACACGGAGCGAAUUCGAUAAUUUAGCUGUGUACGUUGCUCAAGAUUGUGCAGUUUAUCUCGAUGAUGUGAAAAGUGCCUGUGAAACUCUCAACGGUGGUUGGCGAUCGCUCGUACUUUUGGUACCAUUGAGAUUAGGCGCUGAUAAAUUGAAUCCCAACUACGCGCCUUGUCUCACCUCGCUCCUGGAGCUGAACGCUUGCAUCGGGGUGAUCGGUGGCCGACCUCGUCAUUCCCUUUACUUCAUUGGCUAUCAAGAGGAUAAAUUGAUUCAUCUCGAUCCUCAUUACUGCCAAGAAGCCGUGGACGUUUGGAAACACAAUUUUUCGUUGGAAACCUUCCACUGUGCGUCUCCGAGAAAAAUGUUGCUUUCGAAAAUGGAUCCGAGCUGUUGCGUCGGAUUCUAUCUUCAUGACAAGGAAAAAUUCGAAAGCUUCGUUAAAAAAGUCGAACCUUUUUUGGUGCCUCUGAAUCAGAAGGUGGAUUAUCCAAUGUUCCUAUUUUGCGAGGGAAGCGGUGACGACAUACGGCGAGGAUGCGAGGUGAGCGAGGGAAUGCUCACAUCGUCGACAUCGACAUCGGCACACGAUACGCUCGAGGAUGAGGCUCAUUACGAGUGCGAAGAAUUUGAGCUCAUAUGAGCUGUUUGUGAACCAAAAAAAGGUUUCAAAAAAUCGCGAGAGGUUAGCUCUUGUACUUAAGGACCGAUUAGACCGUCCGCGGAACUGAUUAGGAGAAAAAGAUUGAGAUAAAAACGGGAAAACAGGAGCCCUUCGACUCCCUGCUGGCCUUGAAUCUAUUUAUUUUAUAUAUACAUAUAUAAAAUAUAUAUGUAUAAGAAAAAAAUACGAAUUUGAUAAUUGGUAAAAAGGAACACGAUUUGCGCGAGAUUAGUUAUAAUUCUGUUUAUAUUUAAUUGAUAAGAGUGAAAGUGGCACUUUGUUGUCUCUAUGGAAAGAUUUCUUUCAAAACGUCAUGUGGUGCAAAUGCUCGAUGGUAUUUUCUUUUUCUCGAGCUAGAAUUAACAGCCAAAUCUUGAAAAGACUAUCGUUAAACUUCAAAUUAUUGUUAUCCAUCGUAUUUUCAUGAACACCCACGUCCAUAUACCCACUGUUUUAUUCAAAUGAUCUCAAAAUUUAAUGAUUUUGAUUACAUUAACGGCUAAGGAGAUCGUAAUGUUGAAAAAUAAGUCGCAAAAAUCCAUGCCGUGUACGAUGAAAUAUUUUUUUCUAAUGUCUCAUUCUCGCCUCUUAAAGUCAACCUUCUUUCGUUGAUCUCAAUUUAUUUUAUUGUUACGGGUGCUCUUUGAGUCUCGCGUAGAUCGCGACUCGAUUUUCGGACGCUCCAAUAGUUAUCAAUCCAUAUUUAUCUUCGUCCUGUGCUUUUUUCUCGGUCUCACAUACAUUUACCUCAAUAAUGCGAAGAAAAAUAAAAGACAGGAAAAAAAAGCGAAGGAAAAAUCUUGUUGUAAAUUAGAUUUGCAACACGGUGUCUUAAAUUCUUCAUCCUGUACUAUAAAUACUAUUAUGAACGAAGAAAAAUUGUUAAAUUUCAAGGAAAACAACAACAAAGAGCUGAUCGUGGAUAUUUCGUGUGUCUCAGACGCACCCAACGGUACGCACUCGUAGUUAAUAAAUAGUAGAAAAAAAUUCAAUCGAAACUUAAAUCGCGAAUAUAGAUUCUGUAAGUUAUUUAUUUAUUAUCGAAAAUUCAUCCGUCAUAAAGUUGUUAUUGUUCUCGUCCAUCGCUCCACACUCGUCGAACAAAACACAUACAUACCAUUCACAUAUUUACAUGUAAUAGAAGAAUAAAAAGAAUAAAAUGUUGAGCGAAAUAUUGUGCGCGAUGUGUAACAAGUGCACAGUGGGCACAACUGUGAUUUAGUCUCUCGGAUCAACGUUCGCUAUACCUGAUUUGUGGGAAUAACUGAUACGUCGAGAAUAAAAUGAAAGAUGAAUCGUAACAAAAA